AUGUCAAGUGCAGUGAACGAAUCCAUGGAAGAAGGAGGCAAUCCUGCAAACACCAUUUAUGUGGGCAACCUCGAUCAAAGAGUAACUGAUACCAUGUUACACGAGAUUUUUGAAACGGUUGGUGCUGUUGUUAGUGUAAAGAUUGUGUCUGUCAGAAGACAUACCUCUUAUGCUGGUGUCAACUAUGCUUUUGUUGAAUUUGCUGAUCAACGAGUAGCUGAACAAGCUAUUCAAGACAUGAAUGGUAGAAAGAUUUUCAACUAUGAAAUCAGAGCUAAUUGGGCUCAACAAGCAAACAACAACCAAGUGCAAAAGGAAGAUACAGCAUCUCAUUUCCACGUAUUUGUUGGUGAUAUUGCACCAGAGAUUACGGAUGAUGCUCUUGUUCAAGCCUUUUCUGUCUUUGGCACCAUGUCUGAGGCUCAUGUCAUGUGGGAUCCAGUUUCAGGAAAAUCCAGAGGUUUUGGUUUUGUUGCAUUCCGAGACAAGACCGAUGCUGAACAAGCUAUUGCCACCAUGAAUGGUGAGUGGUUAGGAUCCAGAGCUAUUCGUUGUAACUGGGCCACACAAAAAGGCCAAACUGCAACUCCUGCUCCUCAACCAGGUCAACAAUUACCUUACGAAGUGGUCAUUCAUCAAACUCCUGCUUAUGUGACCAGUAUCUAUAUUGGUAAUUUGCCUCCUAACGUUUCUCAAACUGAAUUGGUUCAACCCUUCCAAAGAUUUGGUUAUGUUCAAGAAGUCAAGCUUCAAGCAGAUCGUGGAUUUGCUUUUGUAAAGAUGGAUACGCAUGAAAACGCAGCCAAUGCCAUUGUUCAUUUGCAAAACAUCAAUUUGAACGGCAGUAUUGCAAAGCUUUCUUGGGGUAAAGAUCGUCCCCCUCCCGGAUGGCAAAACUAUGGUGGUUACCAUCAACAACCACAACAGAAUUAUGGAGCACCAUCACCAAUGGGAUAUGGAAAUAAUAAUAAUGGAGGCCGUAACGGACAAGGAGUAGGAGGAGGACCUGGCGGAAAUAAUAAUGGAGGAAGAGGUGGUAAUAAUAACGUGUUUGGUGUCCCUGCACAUUUAACAAAUGGUUAUGCUUUCCAUAACGCCGGUAAUAUUCCCAGCCUGGACCCUCAUGGUGGUUCAGCGGUUGCAGCUGCUCAUGCUGCUCAAUGGAAUCAACAAGCCGCCGUGGCUCAACAACAAAAGUUAUAUGAUCAAUAUAAUAAUGGUCCUUAA